AUGUGGAAAAGGCAAAAUGUGCUAAAUAGGCUUAUUAAAUCAAGAAAUAAAUCACAAACGAGAAAUAUGAAUGUACAAAUGGUUGCAGCUGAGAAAUUAGCACAAUGUCCAAUAAAAAUGUUUGAUGUUUUAUUGGAUGAGAAUCAACUGGAAGAUGCAUGUGAGCAUUUAGCUGAUUAUAUGGAAUCAUAUUGGAGUACGACACAUCCGCCAGUGAAAUCACCGCCUCGAAUAAAACAAAAUCCAAUGGAAAAUCGCGGUCCAUCAACAUUAUUUACACCAUCACAAAUGAUGCAAGGUUAA